AUGAAGUUCCCUCGGGUCUACACAACGAUCGGUUCUCUUCUCCUACUCAUUGCAGAAUCAAUCCAUCUCGCCCAAGCUCAAUGCUCCGACGUCCACGUCGUUUUUGCUCGCGGCAGUGGUGAAAUGCAAGGUCUCGGUAUCUGUGGCGAGCCCCUCGUCAGCGGCAUCACGUCCAACCUCGGCGGCAUGAGCGUCACAUCCUAUGCAGUGAACUACCUCGCAUCGAUGGACCAAAGCAGUGCUGGUCCUGGCGCCACUGACAUGACGAACCAUGUCACGUCAGUGGCUCAAGCAUGCCCCAACACCGUCUUUGUGCUGGGUGGGUACUCGCAAGGAGCCAGCGUCGUAUCCAUCUCUCUCGGCAUCAGUACGAUGCUCGGUUCUGGAGAAGCCAUCCCGGAGACCUUGGCGCCUAAAAUCAGCGCGAUCGUCACGUUCGGCAACCCUCUGAAGCUCACGGGUCAGACGAUCGAUAGUUCGAGUCAGACGUACGCGUCCAAGGCGAUUGAAUUCUGCAACAUGGGCGACCCGGUGUGCGGCGGCGGCUCUAACACAAUGGCGCACAUGAUGUACGCAACGGACGGAAGCGUGGCGACCGCAGCACAAAAAGCUGCUGCAUUGGUACAAGGCAACGCGGGGGUGCGUGGCAACGCGGGAGCGCAGGGUGACGGAAGCCCCCCGAGUAACGCGGGAGUGCAGGGCAGUCCGGGAGUGCAAGGCGGCGAGGGCUUCCAGGGCAACGCGGGAGCGCAGGGUGACGGAAGCCCCCCGAGUAACGCGGGAGUGCAGGGCAGUCCGGGAGUGCAAGGCGGCGAGGGCUUCCAGGGCAACGCGGGGUUCCCGGGUAACUCACGGUUCACGGGAUUCGGGUUUCUUAGGUAA